UGGUGCGUCCUACAAGUUUAUCCCCUGAGCGGUUGCCUUCCUGCUCUCCCUUUUCCUCUACAGAUCCAUUUAGGGAUCUUGUGGAAAUGGGAACCUGAUCCUGCGCUUUAGCCGGUACACCAGGCCUCAUUCAAUUGCAGGGUGCCAUACCAGAAUUUGCGAGCUUUGGACUCAAUGGCGUAAACCCCAAAUCUCUCAAGCGAGGCGAUUCAGGAUUCAUGGCGGGUGACUCAGACUCAUCUCCUUCUCCUCGCAAACUCCUCAAACCACAAACCCUAGCCCGACCCUCAUCUACUUCGUCUGCAUCAUGGAGUGGGCCAAGGUUGAGUCUCGCUGCUCCAUGUGCAAGCGGCACUUCUCCUCCAUUCGCAGGCCGCCCAAGGAAGGGGUGUUUGCUUGUGAACGGAUUGUCAAUGUUCCUGUUCGUGAUCAGAUUCAAGACGUGCACAGAGAUGAUGCAUCGCUGUCUGGUUGCGGGGAUGAGGUGACAAUUAUAAGAUCCAUGUCUCAUUUCUCUCUCUUUUUUCUCUCUGUCUCCUUGUUCUGGACAAUCUCUCUCCAUCUUCUUUGUAAUAUGAAAAAAAAAUGUGGGGCUUCCAAUGUUGCAGCUGUUGCGGUUUGUGACAAAACAGUAGCAGCCAUUGCAGCCUGUUAAGGUAAUAAAUCUGCCAUUACGGCCUCGAUUCCGACUCUCGCCGCUAAAGCCACAUCGAAGGGCCAAUUUUCCAUAUGUAAUGGCUCUUAUGCGCUCUGUAACAGACGCUAUUUGAAAAUUGUGGUAACAGUAUACAAUGCAUUCUCCGUGUUUUGUACCUUAUCAGACACUUUUGCAGACAAUUCAAGCUGAUUUUUUUUUUUUUAAUUUUUACAUGCACUGUAACUUUAUGUACCAAAGAUCCUCAACACAAUUUGCCCACAAUUCUCAAUCUAUUCAUGCAAUUUCUCAAA